AUGAAUGCCUUCAUAAUUUUGAGAGGCUGGGGGAGAUAUAAUCUACAAACUUCAGAAGACAAAGGACCUGGGAGUAAGCACAACAUUCAAUAUGUCACCAGAGGCCCACAUCAGCUGAAUAACCAUGGCAUCAUAUGCUGCCAUUAUGUGCUAUUCUUGUGGGCUGCCCUCGUGGGCUAUCCUUGUGGGCUGCCCUUCUGGGCUAUCCUUACGGGCUACUCUUAUGGGUUAUCCUUGUGGGCUGCCCUUAUAGGCUAUCCUUGUGGGCUGCCCUUAUGGGCUAUCCUUGUGGGCUGCCCUAAUGGGCUAUCCUUGUGGGAUGCCCGUGUGAAUUCUUUGUGGGUCGUCCUUGUGGGGCGCCCUUAUGGGCUGCCCUUGCGAGUUGCCCUUGAGUUAUACAAGAGGUCGUCUCACGCUGGCCAUCAAUUGACGGUGCUGAUCCUUAAGUCACUUCAUUGCAGAAGUUCCUGUGGUCUUGUUGGUGUCAUCGUCGCUGAAGUAUAUGAUGGAGGCGGCGUCCUUGGUGGUAAUCAUCAGGUUGAGCGCGAGCGUCGACUGGUGGAGACAUUAUCUCAGACGCUGGAGUACAUAAGGCAAGAAGCCGAGCAUCGGGAGCGUCGAGACUUCGUGCAGGAGCUCAAAGAUAAUCUGCACCUUCAGGGUCUCAAGAAUCAUUCUGUUCCGAAGACAAACUUAUCGGCAUGCAUCAAUAUGGAGUGCGUGAUCUCGGAGAGGUCCAGAGCGGAGAUGUUCAGCCUGCAAGAGUACAAACCCAGGCUCUCAACCAGCCAGGCCAAGCUACCGCACAACCUACACAAGAACAGGUCUCAAGACCUGCUGCCAGUGAACCGUUACCGCUACAAGUUGAAACCUCUGAGCUUGAGACUGAGGAGCUGUGAAGCCUACGACGCAGAGCAGCAGCUCAGGCAAGACUACAUCAACGCGACCGUAGUUAAUAACGGGUACCAGGAGAUGCUGGUGACCCCUCACCCUCUCUCACACACCAUCGGUGACUUCUGGAGGAUGGUGAAGGACUCUGGUGCCUCCAUCAUCAUCAUGCUGAUACACAAUGACGCUAAUUUGGAACAGUUUCCCCGGUAUUGGCCGCUUCCUGGGGAGGUCCUCUAUCACUUUGUCAAUACCAAGACCUGCAUCUGUUUGAAGAAUAGGAGCUCUCACACCUACCAAGACUACCUCUCAGAGCAGAAAGCUAUGGAGGAAGUGGAGAAUAGGAAGCUAGAUAAAAGGCAUCUGCAGAGAGAGCUGGAAAUGGAGAGGAAGAUUCAGCAAGCUUCGCAGAUCCUACUUCACACGUCGCCGCCGCCGCAGCAGCAGCAGCAGCAGCAGGAUCAGGAGGAGGAGGACGAUGACGACAACGAUGACGACCAGGAAGUGCAGCCUUGGCGCCGGUUAUAUGAUGAGAAACAGCAACUCAAUCAUUCCCUAGAAAGGGAUGGUCACCGGUGCCAGGCACUGAAACAGAAGUGGCAUCAUCGAAAGAAGAAUAUUGAUUGGCACCUGAAAUUGAACUCACUGCAUUUGGACUGUCACAAAGAUGAUCAGCUGUCCCAGUCUUCUGAUAUUAGCAAGGAAGAUUAUUUCUCACAGUAUUCCCUACAGCAGGAAAAGCAAAAGCAUCAUGAUGAUGAUUACCAAAGUCAUCACCAACAAUACGCUCAACACCACAACAUGAAUGAGUUGCUGCUACACCACCAGAAGCUGCUAGGGCAGGGCAAGACCUAUCAGUGGGAGAACAGUUAUCAGCGGCAGUUUGCACAGCAACGCCAGAAGAACCCGUACUUCUACGUCAGUGACAUCGUCAUGCAAGUGGGAGGUAGAGGUGGCGGUGUGGUGCGUCACUACCACUACCAGUGGGACCAGGUGGCAGGGAUGCACCACAUGGGAAUGAUUGAGCUGGUGCACGCCGUCAUGCAUCGUCACCACACCGUCGGGGGACCCAUCAUCAUACACUGCCAGAACGGGUAUGAGGCAUCAGGAGCAGUGGUGGUAAUGAGCAGUUUGAUCCAGAAGGAAUCCAACCAUUCUAGCGACAAUACUAACGACAGUACUAACGACAGUACCAGCAACAGUACCAACGACAGUAUCAACGUGUACGAGUGCGUGGCCAACCUGAAGCGCUUCAUACCUCAGGCUCUCAGCAGCGUGGAGUUAUACAGGCAGCUGUACGAGUGUCACCACACCUACCUGACGAAUAAGAAGAAGUGGAGACCACUGCCUGUCAAGACGCUCCUCCCAGACUACAAGAUGAAGCUCUUGAAGAAGGUAAACCUCAAAAAAUUGCUCAAGGAAACCUCUCGCAUCUUCCCGGAUAUUUUCAAUAGAGUGAUGGUCAAUGUUAGGAAAUCUGAAGGUGGAGGGAAGGAGCCUAAGGUUAACAAACCUGAAGUUGAAGAAGAGCCUGAAGUUAAGGAUCUUGGAGGUGAAGAAAGGGAGACCGUCAUCAAGCUGUUUCAAGCUGUGACUGAGGAGUACGAGAGAGAUAAGACAGGCAAGCUCAAGGAGAAGUGUGGCAUCUCUUCUGCUAGUACUGAACCUCCAUCUUCCUCGAGCCACGAAGACCAAAUUCUAGCUCCCGAAGUGUGGGAAUCAAGGAGAGAGGUACAUGAUGAUGGGUCUAGAUUGCCUGACGCCUACACACACUUCGCUAUACAAGAUUUCUGUAAACACCUCUGUACACAAGACUCCUACACACGUCAUACUCCACAAGACUCCAGCACACGUCUUACUCCAAAGGACUCCUGUACAUAUCACACUCCACAAAACUCCUGCACGCACCUCACUCCAAGAGACGAGGCUAACACACACACCACUAGCAUGGAUAACCAAAAUGAUCCUACAACGAUGCUCUCAGAUAAUGAAAAAACAGUCAGCUUGCAAGACCAAAUAAGUGAAAAAAGUAAAUUUGAACACACUGAUAAGGACGUCAAUGCCCGAGACCAACCGCGUGAAAACAAUGGUCUUGAAGACAGUCACAAACCAGCCAGUCCAGAAGACGAAAAUAACGACACAACUGAACCCGUAAACCUCGUACAAGUAUUAUUUCCAGAAAAAAGAAAAUUACUACGAGUAAUCACAAAUCAUAGAUUUAGAAGACGCGUCGUAUUUCGCCGCAAAAAACGAGAUCGCCCUCACAGAAGAUAUUACUGAAGAACCGUACCCCACCUCACACAAA